CGAAGUUAAGGGUCAACGCUAACUUGUUCCCCACCUUCGCUUAAGCCAACACAGACCGCGUUGCGUCACCGCCAACCAUCUCAGCCGUCUGAUUCGUUCGUCUCGCACCAAGAUUCGUGCCUCUUCUCUCUGUAUAAAUAACAACCUCGUAUCUCUAUCUCUUUAACAAACUAACAAACAAAGGCACACAAUCUUGUUCUGUUACAAAAACACAGUUUGUUUGAUAAUUUCUUUGAUUCAGUGUUUCUAUUUGUUCGUUUGAUUCAAUCACUGUGAUCAUGGCUGAAGGAGAUUUGAAACCGCAGCAGCAAGAGAUGACUGAGGAGGAGCAAAGGCUGAAGUACCUGCAGUUCGUGCAGGUGGCUGCAAUUCAUACCAUAAUGUGCUUCACCAACCUUUAUGUUUAUGCCAAGGACAAGUCUGGUCCUCUGAAGACUGGGGUUGAGACCGUGGAGGGCACGGUGAAGAGUGUUGUUGGACCCGUGUAUGACAAGUUCCAUGAUGUCCCUAUUGAGGUCCUAAAGUAUGUGGACCGCAAGGUUGAUGAGUCUGUGAUUCAGUUGGACCGCCGUGUACCCCCAACCAUCAAGCAGGUUUCUUCCCAGGCCGUCUCAGCUGCUCAAAAAGCCCCAGUGGUUGCUCAAGCUGUUGCCUCUGAAGUUAAGCGUGCUGGGGUGGUAGACACCGCCUCUGGACUUGCGAAAUCUGUGUACGCCAAGUACGAGCCAACUGCCAAGGAACUAUACUUCAAGUAUGAACCAAAGGCUGAGCAAUGCGCAAAGUCAGCUUGGCACAAACUCAAUCAGCUCCCUCUCUUCCCCCAAGUGGCUCAAGUUGUUGUACCAGGAGCAGCUUAUUGCACUGAGAAGUAUAACCAAACAGUGCGUAGCACUGCAGAGAAGGGGUACAGGGUUUCCUCAUACCUUCCCUUGGUCCCUACAGAAAAGAUUGCUAAGGUUUUCAGGGCUGAUGAAGCUGAAUCAGAGCCAAAGAUUGCUAAGGUUUCCAGGGCUGAUGGAGCUGAAUCAGAGCCAAAGAUUGAUAAGGUUUCCAGGGCUGAUGGACCUGAAUCAGAGCCAAAGAUUGCUAAUAAUGUUUUCAGGGCUGAUGGAGUUGAAUCAGAGCUAUUGAUUUCCAGUGAAAAAGAGGCUGCUGCUGUGUCAGCUCGUUAAGGAUGUGCAGUGUGAUGUUAUUUUGAUGAAAAUUUUGAUGACAUGGUAAUACCUGUGGAGAAAAUAAUUGUUUUACUCAUUUUUUUUUUGUUUUCUUUUUCUUUUUUUGAGUAAUAUUUUUGGGCUUUCUGAUAAUAAUACGAGUUUACAUUACUGAUGUAUA